AGCUGAGGGUUUAUUGAGUAUGGAUUGAGCAUCACACUAAAAACCUUCCCUGGAAAAGGGGACCAAAGGAUGUAAACUGAAAAUUUUAAAAAUCUGCUUUGUUUUCCUCAUAUUGCUGAAGAUUCAGAUAGAUAUCUGCCUGUAAGUGAUGUGAAUCAGUUUAAUCUACUGAAACAAAGUACAGCAUUGAAGACAAUGUCUUUUUCCCCCCCUAAUACAUUUUCCCUGGCGUGCUGUUUAUUUUUUUAAAGACACAUGAAGAAGAAAUCGUGAUCACAGUAUUGGCUGUAUCCACCUGCAUCCUUUUUGUCUGUUUUUGGAAGAGAUGAUCCUGGCUUUCCAGUUGGUCUCCUUCACCUACAUCUGGAUCACAUUGAUACCAAAUGUUUGUGCUGCUUCUCGCAUCAGGAUGACACAUCAGCGGUGCUCCUCUUCAAUGAAACAAACCUGUGAGCAGGAAACUAGAAUGAAGAAGAUGACAGUACAAGUGCGGCCUCAGAAAUGACACCUCCAUAUAGAGGACAAUGAUUUUGCUGAGACGCCUGGAUUUGGAGGGUCCCCAGUGCCAGUAGGUAUAGGCGUCCAUGUUGAAAACGUGACAGCAUUUCAGAGACAACAUGUUUUGUCUCACCCUCCUCCCAGAAUGCUCUUUGGCCUGCUCCUGAUGAUAGCGCCAGCGUGUGGUGACUUGCUGUAUCACAGACAUGCACCAGCAUCGGCUAUUCGACUGCAUAAACUCAAUGUUUGCCUAGUGACCUUCAGAUCAGACAGAGCAUCUAAUUCUAAAUAUAUGCUUAUUAAGGCACUCUGUGCAGACUUUACAAUGACUUUUUAUCUCAGGCAUUACUGGAAAGACGAGAGGCUCUCCUUUCCUAGCACAGCAAACAAAAGCAUGACAUUUGAUCAUAGAUUGAUCAGAAAGAUCUGGGUGCCUGAUAUCUUUUUUGUCCACUCUAAAAGAUCCUUCAUCCAUGAUACAACUAUGGAGAAUAUCAUGCUGCGCGUACACCCUGAUGGAAACGUCCUCCUAAGUCUCAGGAUAACGGUUUCGGCCAUGUGCUUUAUGGAUUUCAGCAGGUUUCCUCUUGACACUCAAAAUUGUUCUCUUGAACUGGAAAGCUAUGCCUACAAUGAGGAUGACCUAAUGCUAUACUGGAAACACGGAAACAAGUCCUUAAAUACUGAAGAGCAUAUGUCCCUUUCUCAGUUCUUCAUUGAAGACUUCAGUGCAUCUAGUGGAUUAGCUUUCUAUAGCAGCACAGGUUGGUACAAUAGGCUUUUCAUCAACUUUGUGCUAAGGAGGCAUAUUUUCUUCUUUGUGCUGCAAACCUAUUUCCCAGCCAUAUUGAUGGUGAUGCUUUCAUGGGUUUCAUUUUGGAUUGACCGAAGAGCUGUUCCUGCAAGAGUUUCCCUGGGAAUCACCACAGUGCUGACCAUGUCCACGAUCAUCACGGCCGUGAGCGCCUCCAUGCCCCAGGUGUCCUACCUCAAGGCUGUGGAUGUGUACCUGUGGGUCAGCUCCUUCUUCGUGUUCCUGUCAGUCAUUGAGUACGCAGCUGUGAACUACCUCACCACAGUGGAAGAGCGGAAACAAUUCAAGAAGACAGGGAAGAUUUCUAGGAUGUACAAUAUCGAUGCAGUUCAAGCGCUGGCCUUUGAUGGUUGUUACCAUGACAGCGAGAUUGACAUGGACCAGACUUCCCUCUCUCUAAACUCAGAAGACUUCUUGAGAAGAAAAGCGAUACGCAGCCCCAGCACCGAUUCAACUCGGAUAAAGAGAAGAAAAUCCCUAGGAGGACAUGUUGGUAGAAUCAUUCUGGAAAACAACCAUGUCAUUGACACCUAUUCUAGGAUUUUAUUCCCCGUUGUGUAUAUUUUAUUUAAUUUGUUUUACUGGGGUGUAUAUGUAUGAAGGGGAAUUUCACAUGUAUACAACUUU